CGCACGAUAUUUGCGGCGGAUGUUGAUGUUUUGAUCCGGAUUUCUGUCGUGAUAUCUGCGUUAUAGCCAAUAUUACCGUGUGAGAAACGCGGUCUAUCUCGGCGCUUCUCUAGGGAAGCAUAGAGGCCGAGGCGGGGAGGCGAUGAUGGAGGACUUCGACGAGAUUUACGAGGAGGAGGAAGAGGAAGAGUUGGACGAGGACAGGGCCGCGGAGGAGCAGCUGCUGAAAUACGCUCCGGACCCAGUGGUAGUGCGCGGAUCCGGACACGUCACUGUGUUUGGACUAAGCAAUAAAUUUGAGUCGGAGUUUCCCUCAGCCCUUACGGGAAAGGUAGCGCCAGAGGAGUUCAAAGCCAGCAUAAACCGUGUGAACAGCUGUCUGAGGAAGGCUCUACCGGUGAAUGUGCGCUGGCUGCUUUGUGGCUGUCUGUGCUGUUGCUGUACUCUGGGCUUUAGUCUGUGGCCGGUCAUCUGUCUUAGCAAAAGGACACGCAGGUCCUUAGAGAAAUUAUUGGAGUGGGAAAACAGCAGAUUGUAUCACAAGCUGUGUUUGCAUUGGAGGCUAAGCAAAAGGAAGUGUGAAACCAACAACAUGAUGGAAUAUGUCAUCCUAAUAGAGUUUCUACCCAAGAUUCCCAUCUUCAGGCCGGAUUAGCAGCGGCGGGCCAGAGCGCAAGCCUCCGGCGUGGUCUUCCUGAGGUGCCUUUCUCCGGUACUGUCAUGGUUUUAUUACGUGGCCUCGUCCCCUUCCCUUUACGCACUGAGCAAGAGACUCACUUCACAUCUAAGGGCCACUAACAGCACUUCUCACUGAGAAAGCACUGUUUACAACCCACACACAUUUGCACAGACUAGCGCACAUGUCUGUGCUCUUCUGGUUUCGUGCAUGCAUGAAUACACACAGAGGGACCUUUACUGUCACAUGAUUACACAACACCUGUGAGGAGGCCAUGGAAAGAAAGCUCCAAUCUGGAGCGUCUACUCUUAAUCACACAAUCUGCACAGGAGCUCAGUGACGUCCUGUUGCCAACAACCUCCUCAAUCACUGUAGAAUGGACCAGGACAACCUGAGGAAGGGGCAUCUGUGUGGAAUAAUCUGUAGAAUUAAACACUGUUGCUGUAUUGGUUAAAAGAUGGAUUUUUUUUUUUUUUUUACGUAUAAGGAACGGUUGAGGUCAACCCAGGAUCAGAUAGCUGAGAGCCAAAAGGACACGAUCACUGCACAAUGCUUAGUUGUCCCAUCUCUCCUUCUCAGAAAUGAUCAUAUUCAAAGACAGUCAAACAUUGACUAUGCCACGCACCGACUGGAUUCCGAUGGGACUUUAGCGAGUCUAGUUCAACUCACGGACCUGAUUCGGUCCAUGUGCACCAAUGGGCAGUGAUGCAGCACAGAAUUCAUUUUGCUGUUCUCUUUUUCUUUUCUUUUUUUUUAAACCUUUUGUUUACUUGCUCAGUUUUAAAAGAUGAGCAGCAAAUGUUUGUCUCUUGAUUUGUGUGCGUGGGUGAUCGUUUCUGUCUGUCCCUAUGACGUGUUGUUUGUCAUUUGCUCAAAUGUAAGACCAAUAAAAAUUUCUAAAUCGGUUCAGUCAUGUUGAAAACGUUAAAAAAGGCAUUAUAUCGUCAAUUAUUGUGGGACAAGCUGAAAAAUUAUUUCUGUUGCCAUUUUUUAAAUGUACACCCACAUUUGUCGGAGCUUCACCAGGGCAGAAAGACGCAUCUUAGUGUUUUUUUUUUUCCAUCUGUGUUUUAAUCCUGGGUAUAAUCCUAGUUAAGAAUAUUUUUUGUGAAGACUGUUUAGGCUGAGCAAGUCUGUGUUGCCUAUGCAGGCCUUUUCUCUUAGUGAACUAUACUUGUGUAAAUGUAUCCAAAUGUUGGUUUAUAACUCAGUAAUGUCCCGUUACUCUUAAGACAUUUGGUCCUAUUAGAUCUUAAAAACACAAAGUACGAAGUGUGCGUGCUUCUAUCACUGAAAUUACGAAGCCCUUCUAUUUCUUGUUUGAUGUCACCCCAAAUCCCGGGGACAUCAUCUUUAUUUUUCAAACAUUAUUUCUGUGUAUCUAUGUACAAUGUGUGUACAGAAAUAAAAUAUGCACAACUUGA